UGGCUGUCCCUUUCCACGCAAACCGCAUCUCUCCACAAUUCGACCUUCAUCUUGUAGCGUUGAUACCUCCGUGACUCUCACCCUUGUCUAUCGCUUCUCGGAUCGCUUCUGGCAUAUCAUCAACAACAAUCGAACGCAGAAGGAACGUCCAUCUCCGUAGUACCUCGAACUCCACCCGCCAUGGCUUCCAACGGCGUCUCUCCUACUCCCCCUCCGGUCCGCGCAUCGCCAGCUCCGCCCCAGAUCCCUUCUGAUACCACUCCCACCUCCCCACUGAUGGGACCUCCAUCGCCCGCUAUUCAGACUGUCUCUCACAGAGACCCCAAGGCUGCCGCCGCUGCUGCAAGCGACAUGAAGAAUAUCGUGCGCAGGAAGUUGACUGGUUUUGUUGGUUUUGCCAACCUGCCAAACCAAUGGCACCGCAAGAGUGUCAGAAAGGGCUUCAGCUUCAACGUCAUGGUUGUCGGUGAAUCCGGUCUUGGAAAGUCGACUUUAGUCAACACUCUUUUCAACACCUCUCUCUACCCUCCCAAGGAGCAGAAACAACCCAGCCUGGACUUCGCCCCUACCACCGUCGCCAUCCAGUCCAUCAGCGCAGACAUUGAGGAGAACGGCGUCCGUCUGAGACUGAAUGUCAUCGAUACCCCCGGCUUCGGUGACUUUGUCAACAACAACGAGUCGUGGCGUCCUAUUGUCGAGAACAUCGAGCAGCGCUUCGAUGCAUACCUCGACGCCGAGAACAAAGUCAACCGUAUGAAUAUUGUCGACAACCGCAUCCACGCCUGUGUCUACUUCAUUCAGCCCACCGGUCACUCGCUCAAGCCUCUUGACAUUGAGGUCAUGCGUAGACUGCACACCAAGGUCAACCUCAUUCCUGUUAUCGCAAAGGCCGACACUCUCACAGACGAGGAGGUCCUCUCCUUCAAGGCAAGAAUUCUCUCAGACAUCAAGCACCAGGGCAUUCAGAUUUUCGAGGGCCCUCGCUACGAGCUGGACGACGAAGAGACAAUUGCCGAGAACCAGGAGAUCAUGUCAAAGGUUCCCUUCGCCGUGGUUGGAGCCAACGCUGAGGUCAGCACGCCCGAAGGCCGCAAAGUGCGCGGACGCAAGUACCCCUGGGGCAUCAUUGAAGUGGACAACGAGGACCACUGCGACUUUGCCAAGCUUCGCCAAAUGCUCAUCCGAACACACAUGGAGGAGCUCAAGGAACAUACCAACAACACGCUCUACGAGAACUACCGUUCCGACAAGCUCGAGUCAAUGGGCAUGCAGCAAGAUCCCUCGGUGUUCAAGGAAAUCAACCCUGCAGCCAAGCAGGAGGAAGAGCGCUCGCUGCACGAGCAGAAACUGGAGAAGAUGGAGCGCGAGAUGAAGAUGGUCUUCCAGCAAAAGGUACAAGAAAAGGAGCAGAAACUCAAGCAGAGCGAGGAGGAGCUGUACGCCCGUCAUCGUGAGAUGAGAGAACAGCUGGACAAGCAGAAGAACGAGCUCGAGGAGAAGAAGGGACGCAUCGAGACAGGCCGACCAGUCGAAGAGAAGGGCAAGAGAAAGGGCUUCUCGAUCCGCGGCUAAGUUUGAUGCCUUCUACAGUCGAGGAUGCGUAAGAAGUCGAGACUACUAUCGUGGUCAACCUAUAUCAUCAUCGUUGCGCUGUCGCUGAGCAGCACGGCAAAGGUGGGCAGGACUGCCUUUGCCCAAGUUGGGUUCAAAGUUGUGAUACCUCAGCGCUUUUGUUUUGUUUCCGUUGCGUUUUCAUCCAUGUCAAUUUACUUAAUUGCUUCCAGUAUGUACCGUUAGUCAACAAAAAGCGAGAAAAGGACAAACAGCAUGAUUAUUCUUGCAAUUGACAGUUGUCAGUCCCCCGACAUUACGUGAGGCACUUUUAUGAAUGCUCAGCGUGGACAAGACAUAUAGGUAGCCAAGGGCACGAGAUCAUCUGUUGGGAAUGCCAAUGUGGUUUAUACAUCUGUGGUUGUACAUCGUACUAUUAUAUGCCACAUCUGGUUUGUCUACUAUUGUGUGUGAGAAGGAUGAGAAACAGACAAAGGUUGCAAUA